AUGCAAGUAGGCCACUACCUAUAUCAAUUCUUAUGGCAGAGCCAUUUUUCAGCUCCGGUGGAAGAAAAACUGAUAAGUGGCGGAAGAGUUUUAGAUGUCGGAUGUAAUCCUGGCACAUGGCUUUUUGAAAUAGCAUCUGCAUAUCCGCUGACCGACUUUAUAGGAAUCGACAUCAAUCCUCUUUUCCCAAGCCCCUCGGACAUUAGUCAACACAAUAUCAAAUUUGUACAGGCAGAUGUGCUCGAUAAAUUACCGUUCGAGGAUGAUUCUUUUGAUUAUAUACGAAUGGCUUUAUUUUCAAAUACGUUUACACAUGACGAAUGGCAACCCGCACUUCAAGAGCUCAUAAGGGUGCUUAAACCAGGUGGUUUCAUCGAAUUAAUGGAACCAGACUAUCGUUUACAGAACAUGGGACCAGAUUCUGUACAGCUUGUCACUUCACUAUUGCAGUAUCUUUCUCUGCAGCAUGUGAACGGUGAGAUAGUUCACAAAUUACAACUUCUCCUUGCCGCAACUAAUGGCCUGGGUGACAUUGAUCAUUCUGUCCGAUCGUUACCCAUUAGUCAUCUUGGCGGAAAGACGGGCGUCUUGUUAGAAGAUUCGUUUUUCAUUUACUGCAACGAAGUCGUUGGCGAACCUCUUGCAGACUUUAUGGAAUUGUCGUUGGGAGAGUAUGAAGAACUGUUGCAGAGGGUCAAGAAGGAGUUUGUUACGUUUGAAACUUUUUGUAGAGUAUAUAGAUUUUGGGCUGUAAAAAAUAGAUGA